CAAAUCAUUUGAUUUCCGGUUCGUCGAAAAACAGCACGAAAAUGAAUGCUCCUCCAACUUUCGAGUCCUUCCUUCUGUUUGACGGCGAAAAGAAAAUCACCAUUGAAAAAGACACUAAAGUGCCAAAUGCUGCAAUAUUUACUGUUAAUAAAGAAGAUCACACACUAGGAAACAUGAUUUGUUCACAGUUAUGGAAAGACCCUCAGGUGUUGUUUGCUGGAUAUAAAAACCCUCAUCCAUUGGAACACAAAUUUGUGUUAAGAGUACAGACAACCUCAGACUACAGUCCUCAGGAUGCAUUGACAAAUGCCAUUACUGAUCUCAUUAGUGAGUUUUCACUACUGGAAGAAAGAUUUAAGGAUGCAGUAAGAGAACGACAGGAUGGUGACAUAUGAAACCAGACUUCAGAACAUUAUUGUGAAACGUACAAACAAUUGUAUUUCAACAGAAUUAUUUAUUUUGUUGAAAAUAAUAAGUUUAGCUGGUCUAAACGUGAAGGAAAAGUGAAUAUUCAUUCCAAAAAUGGACACCUGAUCAUGAGAAUCUGUGAACAGCAGGAGCAAUAACAUUUCAUUGUCUUUUUUAUCAUUUCAUUUCAACAUGUUAAUAACCAUGAUCAUUUAUUUAAUGGAUAAAUCCAUGAUUAAAAGAUAUGUAAACGUU